GGAGCGAAGGGAACGCGGCGCCAUGCGGGGCCCGAGGCUUGGGCUAGGGCUGGGGCUGCUGCUGGGCGCGGUGUGGCUGGCGUGCGGGCAGAACGAGACGGAGCCCAUCGUGUUAGAGGGGAAGUGCCUCGUGGUGUGCGACUCUAAUCCCACCUCCGACCCCACCGGCACGGCGCUCGGCAUCUCCGUGCGCUCGGGCAGCGCCAAGAUCGCCUUCUCCGCCAUCCGCAGCACCAACCACGAGCCCUCCGAGAUGAGCAACCGCACCAUGAUCAUCUACUUUGACCAGGUACUAGUGAAUAUCGGCAGCAACUUCGACUCGGAGCGGAGCACUUUUAUCUCGCCCAGGAAAGGGAUUUACAGUUUCAAUUUUCACGUGGUGAAAGUGUACAACAGGCAAACCAUUCAGGUGAGUUUGAUGCUAAAUGGGUGGCCAGUGAUUUCUGCCUUUGCAGGGGACCAAGAUGUGACCCGAGAAGCUGCUAGCAAUGGAGUCCUGAUUCAGAUGGAGAAAGGAGACAGAGCUUAUCUAAAACUGGAGAGAGGAAACUUGAUGGGAGGUUGGAAGUAUUCGACGUUCUCUGGAUUUCUAGUGUUCCCACUUUAAAUCACUUCUCCAGGAAAAGGGAGAGAUGUCUUACAAAUUCCCAAGUCGUAUCUGGGUGUAAAGAGUUAUGGACCGCAGACUUUCUACAUUCAAACAUUAAAGAAGCUAAAUC